GAAGGCAGCUGAAAAGAACAUAUUACCAGCACAAUCAGAUUCCAGGGUUAAAAAUGGAGCUGAAUGGUGAAUACCACAAGUGAUUUGGUUUCCCUUGCUGUCCUCCUUCCAUAUGAAGCCAGCCAGCCAGCCUCCGAGUUCCUGUAGAAGGUGAAACAUUCCCCGGCUUUCUUAGGAACCAGCGUCCUGAAAGAUUUACCUGUCAGAACCAAGUGCGGUAAUAGGACAGCCAUAAAAAGGGCACCAGAUUCCAGCAGUGGCCAUGCUCACUCAAUUCUGCCACUCGGCUUCUCCUCCUCUUCCUACCGACUCGGGUGGAGAAGAGUUCUCCUCUUUUCUUCGGUUUCUUGGUUCUUGGUUUGUUGUCGUUGGUUACUCUGGAUUUGAUGGAAUUGUUGGACCGGUUCUUCUGUGACAUGAGCGUCUGAGAAGAAUCAAGUUCGACGUGCCUUGCUGCAACUGUUUGCAGGCCGAGAUGUGCUUUCCACGCUGUUCCACGUUCUAGCUAUUGGAAUCCAUGUCCGACAUGAAGCCUUCCCGUAGUGCCAGUUGAUGGUCAUGAAAGGGCUCGUCGUUGCAUCUCCUGGUUCCGCCGAAGCCCGGCACCGGUCGUCUGCAAUGGAUGAUGACACAGGCAAAAGAAAAUCUCAGAAAGUUUUCAGAGUAGACAAGUGCAAGAUCCUGUUUUCGGAGAGGAGCUCAAACUGCAAGUUCGAGUCUUUGAAACUCGCGUUGAUCAUCGUUACAUGUUGCACGAUUCUAACGCUUGCUUUCUCGCCGAUUAUGUCCAAGGAGCAGCAGCUUCGCCCAGGUUCCAGGACUCGGCUUGCAGAUGUUGCACGGAUGUGGCAGACGACGCUCUCGGAUCCUCGAUACAUUUCGCAGUUGGAUGUCGAAUGGGGCCUGAUGUCGGGUGUUCUUGAAGAUGUGAAGGCGAAAGAAGGAGAUCUCAGAAUUGGCUUGCUGAACUUUAACUCCUCCGAGGUCGAGUUCUGGCUGCGAACACUUCCGCAUGCAGAGGUCUCUUCUGUGCAUCUCGACUGUGCCGACCCGAGCAUCACCUGGAAGGUUCUGUAUCCCGAGUGGAUCGACGAGGAAGAAGAGUACGAUGUGCCUACUUGUCCAUAUCUUCCUCAGCCCCAAGACAAGAAGGGAUCGAGAUACGAUCUCAUCGCCGCCAAGCUGCCCUGCGACCGGUCGGGGAGCUGGUCGAGGGAUGUCGCGAGGCUGCAUCUGCAGCUCGCAGCAGCCAAGCUUGCGGCAUCUGCUUCUGCAGGGCGGUCGCAGGUUCAUGUGCUACUGGUGACCGAUUGCCUCCCUGUUCCGAACCUCUUCGGUUGCAGAGAUCUCGCCAGGCACCAAGGAAACCUUUGGCUGUACAAGCCCGAGACCGCAGCGCUGCAGGAGAAGCUUCGCCUUCCGAUCGGGUCAUGCGAGCUCGCCAUCCCGUUCGAAGCAAAAGUUCGGAUGUAUACGGAGGUCGGGCGACGAGAAGCGUACGCUACGAUUCUGCACUCAGCAGAGCAGUACGUCUGCGGCGCGAUUGCAGCGGCCAAAAGCAUUCGUUUGGCAGGAUCUGUGAGGGAUCUCAUCAUCCUGGUCGACGGAUCGAUAAGCGAACGUGAGCGGAGCGGCCUCGAGGAUGCAGGGUGGAAGGUGAGAACGAUCCGAAGGAUUCGCAACCCCAAGGCGAAGCGCGACGCCUAUAACGAGUGGAACUACAGCAAGUUCCGCCUCUGGCAGCUCACCGACUACGACAAGAUCAUCUUCAUCGACGCCGACCUGCUCGUCCUCAGGAACAUCGACUUCCUCUUCGCGAUGCCGGAGAUAAGCGCGAUCGGGAACAACGCGACCCUCUUCAACUCGGGCGUAAUGGUGAUCGAGCCCUCCAACUGCACGUUCCAGCUGCUGAUGGAACACAUCGACGAGAUCACGUCGUACAACGGCGGCGACCAGGGGUACCUGAACGAGAUCUUCACCUGGUGGCACCGCACACCCAAGCACACCAACUUCCUGAAGCACUUCUGGGCAGGCGACACGGCGAAGAGGAAGGCGAGGAAGGACAGCCUGUACGGGGCCGACCCGCCGGUGCUCUACGUGGUGCACUACCUGGGGCUGAAGCCAUGGCUGUGCUACCGGGACUACGACUGCAACUGGGACCUGCAGAUGUUCUGGGGGUUCGCGAGCGACGCGGCGCAUGCGACGUGGUGGAAGGUUCACGACGCACUGUCGGAGAACCUUCAGAGGUUUUGCCUGCUGCAGACCAAGACGAAGGCUUUCCUGGAGUACAACCGGAGGCAGGCGGCGAAGGCCAACUUCCCUGACGGACACUGGCGGCGGAACAUCUCCGAUCCAAGACUCCACAUCUGCCAUGAAAGGUUCUGCUCCUGGGAGAGGAUGCUGCUGCACUGGGGCGAGGCGAAUUCGUCCAACGCUAGCUCGUAACUUCGACCAUCCACGCUUUUUCUCGGUAUAAUUAGAUUAAACAUAGACGAAAAGGAUUUCUGCUUACACGUUUGCUUACGAGUUGUAAUAUUUAAUUCAUGUUCUAUUAAUGACAUUUUGAUGUAAAUCUACCUUCCGAUGUCAAACAUAUACACGAAGUACGUUACCGAAGUUUUACA